AACAUAAUACCAACCUUAUAAAAUAAAAAUAUGCUCUCUCACUUACACUUAGCAAGCACUGGUUAAGGAUGAAAGAGACAAGUAAUAAUAAAACGAGGUGGCCUUAACUAUUUUUAGCCAAUCAUAAGGCUUGUUUUCAAAAAAAUCAGCGUCGUUCGUUGUAAUCGGCUUGGCGGCGCUUCGUUUUUUGCUUGGCGUUGAGUUGAUUCUGUGCCGUAGAGAAAUUAAUAUUUUUAUUUGUGUUUACAUCGGUAAUCGUGGUUAACUAAAGUUUAUACAAGUGUAUACCGUGUAUUUGAAUUUAAAUAUUCAAUGAGAAGAAAAAAUAUACGUUUGUGACAGCACGAUGUCGACUAGAAGUGGCCGUAUUCGGCCGAGCGCCGUGGAGCUGAGUCCACCGAAAACACGCAAAGGAGUUUCGCCGCCGCGGUCUCCCGCCAGAACUCGCAAGACCUCGCCCCCCGCGCGGUCGCCCUCGCGCAAGUCGCCCUCCCGCAAGUCGCCUUCCCGCAAGCCCGCGUCGAAGUUUCCCGCCCGAAAAUCCCCCUCAAGAACCACCAAAGAAGCCGAAACCGUUCCGAAGUCGCCCGCCAAACGAAUCGCCAUCAAAACUGAUGUCGAUGUCAAAUUAGUGGACUUUGCCAAAGUAGACCUCACCCGCAGCACUAGAACUCGACGCUCGGAAUAUUCCAUCAAAGACUACUCUUCCUUAGCUGACGAAUAUGCGUCAGGAGAUAAAGUCAACGGCGUGGAUUCGCUACUUAACUCUAAAGAUGGGUACGGUGUGCGGAGUAGAAAACCCACUGAGGAGGUGGCUCCCCGCCGCUCCAGUCGACUGAAGGAGUUCAUGGACAAUGCUGAACGCAGCCUCAGCAAGUCUGUCAGCAAAUCAGUCAGCCAGUCAAUAGACACAUACUCCGACGAGGAGGAGGAUGAUCUACGGAGAGGCAAAUCACAGUCUGUGACAAGAAAACUGGCCACACCAAUACGGGAGAGUGUCAGCAAGCUGGCCCAGAUCAGCAGCCGCUGGGAGUUUGGUGGUAGAAUAGGCUCAGCGGUUCUGAUAGUGCUGCUGCCCGCUACAGUAUUCUCUAUAUUAGUUUCAUGCUCUAAAUCUUGCACCGUCAAGGCUCUCACUGACAUAUCCAUGUACAAAAGCAUAAUCUCCACAAACAGUUUAUUGGCCUUAGCAUUGAUAUCAGCACAAUAUGUCAUACAAGCGGUGUUUGCCUGCCUUCCGAUAAUGGGAACAAAAGCAGAGAGAAUGGAUGAUUCUGGGAAGAAGCACAAUUUCAAUGCCUUCUUUGCCAGUAUUUGCACAAUAACUUUACUAUUUGCUUUGGAUUUUACCAAAGUUAUCAAUGCUGAUGACAUAUUGAAAAACUAUGCUGCCCUGGCUGCUACCUCCUUUGCAUAUGCAGUCAUUUUGUCAAUUGUUUUGUUUUGGAAGAGCCGCAAGUUGGAUGACAGUCUGCUGAACCCGUAUGGAAACACUGGAUAUGUUGUGUACGACUACUGGAUGGGAAGAGAAAUACACCCUCACUUAAAACAACUUCAUGUCAAACUAUGGAUUUCAAGAAUCUGUAAUAUCAAUGCUCUGAUCCUGUCAGUAUUGAUAUUCAAGCACGGCAUCCACAUCCCAGCAACUACCACAGAAAACCUCAGUUUAGAGAACUACCAACAACUCCUCGGAAAAAUACAAUACAGGCCGAGCAUUCUGCUCUUCUCAAUGAUGCAAAUUGUGUACAUUCUGAACUUUGUAUUGAGGGAAUAUAAGGUCACUACUACAUUCUUCUGGCAAUCUGAAGGUGUUGGAUACUUGCAGCUGGUAUCCAGUGCCUUAUAUCCAUUUGUCUUUACAACACUAUCCAAGUUUGUUGUUGAUAAAGGAAUAUCAUUAUCCACUAAUACAUUGAUUGCCACUGUGGUCCUGUAUGUGGCUGGCCUACUGAUCAUGCUUGUUAGCAACAACAUCAAAUAUGAGUUCAGGAAAAAUCCUCUACACCCCAGCUUGACUCAUCUGGACUCCAUGCCAACGUUCCACGGGAAGAAACUGCUUGUGUCAAACUUAUGGGGCAUUGUGCGCCAUCCCAACUAUGCAGGCGACAUUAUGAUCCAUAUUGCCCUGGCGGUACCUGGUAUUGUUGCGAAGGAGCCAGUGGCGGCUGCUCCGGUCGUGCUAGCGAUUGUCGCCCUUCUGUACAGAGCCUGCAGAGACCACUUGAGGUGUAAACGACGCUACGGGGCGGCGUGGCAAAGGUAUUGUAAGCGAGUGCCUUCUGUUCUUAUACCUAAGAUACUUUAAAAGUUUUAACCCAUGUGGGUAAUUCUAUUUAGCAUUGAGGUGAUAGGUAUAUCGGCUCAACUUGAAUAUAAUAUUAUAUAGGUACUUAGUAGUUAGAGUUGAUGUAGUUUAUGAAUUUCAUGAAUAUGAUGAUAAACCACUCUAAGAUAACAACAUUUUUAUGACACCAUGUGAUGUGGAUUUGACGAAAAGGCAAGAAAGUGUAAUUAUAAGUAAUGUGCGUGUGUUAUUUGUGAUGAGAAUAGCAAAUUAAACACAUGCUGAGUCUUUAAAUAAAUCAUGUCACUGGAUACUGCACAUAUGGCACAAACUUAGCGCACUUUGAGUUCGUGCUUAAUCUUUAAUCUCGAAUAUUUUCAAGAUGUAGUUUAUAGUAUAGUUAGACAAAUUUGGAGUUUUAUUAGUUAAAAUAUAGGAUCUAAUAAUGUAAUAAAAUUAGUUUGGUUGCGGUUGCGAAUAGUUUUAACUAAGUAGCUCAUCUUCGAUCUAAAUACAGUUUAAAUCAUGAUCUCAAAGGAGAUUAUUUUAUUAAAGUAAUCAAGUACCCAAUUCAAAUAAUAACCACUGGACAAAGUAUAGGAAAGGAGCUCUCUAUAAAAUUAAUUUAUAUACCUAAUUAUAGGUAACUCAAAAUUUUACCUAGCAAUAAAAGACAUUAGACUUACUUUUUAAGGAGUUGUAGUAAUUAUUGUAUCUACCUAGUUUAUUUUAUGACUAUGAAUGAUUUUA